GACAAAUAUCCGGAAGAGGAUACUGACACCAGGUGUUUGUCACAGCGCUGGCAGCGAGGAGGUAAUGCUUCAAACUCCUGUACAGUACUUUCCCUCCUUGGGGCGCCAUGUGCAUUCCUAGGGUCCCUCUCACCUGGCCCCGUGGCAGAGUAAGUUGUCCCUGUUAGCAUAAUCAUAAACAGCAAAGCUUUGUUGUGUCAUACCCUUAUUCUUUUGAGCUAUGAAGUUGAGUAUCGAGGGUGGCUGUUCUCCUCACUGUCAUAUGGUUUGUAUCUUAUUCUGAUCUGUAAAAUUAGUUAAAUAUGUUCUUCCCGUAUCCUUUAUUCCUCUUUCUGAAUUAAAAUGACUUUGUUCAAAUGCUGGACCAGCUCUUCCUAAUCUGGUCCUUAUAAAUAUAAUAACAAGUCUAGCAUAUUCCGUGUGUCCCAAGCCAGUCCUCGGGGACCUGCAGACAGUCAGUGCUUUUGCUCCCUCCCAGCUCCCUACCACAGCAAAAAUGUGCACUGUCUGGCAGGGAGCAAAAACGUGGACGUCUGGGGGGCCCUGGGGGAUACACUGCAUAUGCUAGACUUGUUAUUAUUUUUUGCCAUCUAGAUCUGCUGUCACACUUUUGUGCACUGACAGGCCACGCCCACAAAGAUGAAGCCUUUGUUCUACUGCAGACUCCUAAAGGAAACUGUUUAAUGUUUACGAUACAGCUACAUUACUUGCAUAUUGGCCUGUUGUACAUAAAACACAGUUUGCCUUUGGUGCAAAAUUUCUUUUGGCACUGUUCUCUGCUGUUGUUUAUAACCACUAGCUGAAUGAAGUCGGUCUGGGCUCAGGAUCUACACAUGGUGAAUCUGGCACAGUAAAACGCAGUGUCGGCAAAUUAAAUGCGUCGGUGGGGAUGCCUUUGCAGUGCUCGCCUUUCAGGUGUCUGCUAUGAAUUAUUAUACAGGUAUGUUAGUGGUAGCUGUGCGUUUAGCUUGUAUAACCAUUAAAGCUUAAGGGAUUUCAGCCUGGUUCUCAUUCUGUCCCUGUCGGUUGGUGACUCGUCUGCUCCAGCUUCGUCCUUGCAGACUUCCUCAGGUACAACAUUGACAUCUCGUUGCUGGUGGAGCACGCAGAAUGCUCCUUCCCAGCUUCUGUAGUCAUCGUCAAUGUGAGGACAGGCAGUCGUACCAUUCUGCAUAUGAACAGGCCUCUUUCUUUACAGGCAACAAGCAGAACCUCUUACAGAUAUUCCUCCGUUUCCCCUCUCCCUGAAGGUGCGAGAACAUCUGGAUUAUGUUUGACAGUGACACAGAUGGGUUUUGUUCUGUCUGUUUCUGCUCAUGUGGCAGUUUCAUCGUGGGGGAUUUUUCCCGCCGAGGGGUGGACGUGUCGCACGUGGUGUGGCAGCAGGGGGGGGAGACCCCGUGCGCGUGCUGCGUGGUGUGUCCCUCCAGCGGCUCCCGCACUGUCGUUCUCGCCGACACGAACCUCCCAGAUGCGUCAGUGGAGGAUUUUGCUAAGGUGAACUUGGUUGAGUACAAGUGGAUUCACUGGGAGGGCCGGAAUGCAUCGGAGCAGGUGAAGAUGAUUCAGAAGGUCGAAAAAUACAACAGCACUGUUCCAGAACCGUGCAGAAUCACCAUUUCGGUGGAGAUUGAGAAGACAAGGGAGGAACUGUAUCAGCUUUUUCCUUAUGGAGAUGUGGUUUUUGUGAGUAAGGAUGUGGCCACUUGCAUGGGGUUCUGCUGUGCUGCAGAUGCCCUGAGGGGACUGUACGGGCGCGUGAAGAAGGGGGCUGUGCUGAUCUGUGCCUGGGCAGAGAAGGGAGCUGACGCCAUGGGUCCGGAUGGAACGCUGGUCCACUCCGACGCCUUUCCUCCCCCAGCCCUCGUGGACACGCUGGGGGCGGGAGACACCUUCAAUGCGUCCGUUAUCUACUCGCUCUCAAACGGAAAAGCCCUACAGGAGGCGCUAUCAUUUGGUUGCCAGAUUGCAGGCAGGAAGUGUGGAAUCCAUGGAUAUGAUGGUAUUGUAUCAAAAUAAUGGUCCCCGAUGACUAUGGGAUGGGUCAUGGCAAUUUCUCAUCAGCCUCACAAGAAAGGAUUCUUGUAAGAUAGUGCCUUGUGUUGGAAAGAAAUGACAAGAGCAGAGCAGAGCAAAUGCACGCAUGUGUGCUGUGUGGGCACAAGUAACCUUGCAUCUUUGUUUAUUUUUUCCAAUGGACCGGCUAGUUUACUGUUAUAAUUUAAGGCAGUUUUGUUACAAUCAAUGAAUUCUGUCUUUUGCAGUAAAUGAGCCAUUUGAUUGAUGUGCAUUGUUAGGAGAAAUAUGUGAUCCUUUAAAAGGACCAGGCCAAGUAGGAUUUUUCUGCAGUUUAAUAUUGACCUGCUUGCUACUAAAACCUGAUGCACAUUCAGAACAAAACUUGAAAACGCAUUUUGUCAGUUUUAUGAUUAAAAAAAAUAAUAAAAUUAUUUUAGGGAGAUGUUAAAGUUGCAAGUUAUUUCAAGAAGAUUUUUCUGCAGUUAUUGGUAAUGGAAGCCAUUGGUUCUGAAAGCGCAAACUAUCUUUGAAGAAAUCCAAAACUUUCCCUCCUCAAAUGUUCAGCCGUCUCUCACCAGAAUUUUUCCAGUGGUCUAAUCAUCUCCCUGACCGCUAUUCCAGUGUGCAUUCGAGCUGCUCCAGGAAUAUUUGCAUUUGGUUUCUAAAAGCCUUGAUUACACUCUUUUGGCAGUGUGUGCAUGAAGGUAAUGAUAAACAGGAUGUCUGACGUGAUCCAGUCCUGCAUUAGCCUGACCCAGCUGGCCUUCUUAGCAAAGACCCCUCGCCCAGACCGACAUGUCAGCCAAUAUUGACUAGACGUGAUAAAAGACGAAAAGGGUGCAUGACCUGACCCAUCCCCGAGAACCCAGCCCUCACCAUAAGUGACAGCCGAUACUGGUGUAACUGGCUUUAGAUGUGUAAACAUUGUGUUGAAAGCAGAGUUCACUGUGCCAGAAAUGUUGAAGUACGCUAAUGUUGAAGAUAUUGUACAAUAAACCUGAUAUUUGUGUUUUAAACAA